UGUUUAAAUAUGAUAAUACAAGUAUUUUGGAUAUAAUCAAGGAUAUUCCCAGCAAAAACUUAAAAUAAAAUUUGAUAAAGCAGAUCUUUCUCUUCCUAAAUUUACUCUUCAGACCCUCUGAUUUUCAAUCUCUCAACUGCUCCACAAUCUCCGGAGGGUUGUGAGGCUUUUUUACAUGGAGGGUGUUGGAAGUGAAGGCGGCUCAGCUGCCGCACCUCUUAAUCAAUGGAGACAUGAUGUUUGGAAACGCUUUCAGUUUUAUUUGGACAAGACGACUCCACAUGCGGUUUAUAGAUGGGUUGGAACUGCAGUUUUAGCAUCUCUCUAUGCACUGCGAUGUUAUUACGUUCAAGGGUUCUACAUAGUCAGCUAUGGUUUGGGGAUUUAUCUAUUGAAUUUGUUGAUUGGAUUUUUGUCCCCUCUUGUUGAUCCUGAACUAGAACCUGUAAAUGGGUCUUUGCUGCCAACAAAAGAUUCUGAUGAGUUCAAGCCUUUCAUUCGCCGUCUCCCGGAGUUUAAGUUCUGGUAUGCCAUAACAAAAGCAUUUUGUGUAGCGUUUGUCAUGACCUUCUUUUCGAUGUUUGAUGUACCCGUGUUUUGGCCUAUACUCCUACUUUACUGGCUAGUUCUAUUUCUCCUUACAAUGAAGCGUCAAAUUAUGCACAUGAUGAAGUACAAAUAUGUUCCUUUCAACAUUGGAAAGCAGAAGUACAAGGGAAAGAAGCCUUCAGGAAGCACGGGCAACAUGUCCAGAAGAGACUGAAACUGCUGCAAUUCAUGUCAGCCAAGCGGAGAAUGAAGAAUGAAGCAGCCUGUUAGAGCCAAUUAUAAUGAUGUACUACUGUAUUUAGAUUUUAUUAAAUUUGGACCAGAAUUUGGACAAGAAUUUGUUGAAACAAGUUCAUUUAACGAGUAGCUCUACCUGUCAUUCUAGUA